AUGAUAGAGAAAGAGGCUGAGUGUAGGCCUACUGUGAUUACAAGUACACUAUCUAUUUUUCAGCAUAACGCUUAUGCAUUGAUUGAUUUUGGGUCAGAGCGUUCUUUUGUUAGCACUACAUUUGCAUGUCAUGCUGAUAGUCCUCCUUCUCCCUUAGAGAGUGAGUUAGUGAUACAAACUCCUCUCGGUGAGGAGGUAGUCAGGAGUUUGGUGUAUAGGGAGUGUCAUGUGCUAGUUAGUGGGGUGGUGUUGAAGGCAGACUUAAUUCCUUUGGAGAUCAAGGAUUUUGAUGCCAUCCUUGGACCCACAGUGGUGCUAAAGGGUAUGAGAAGGACUUUGCCUUCGUGCUUAAUUUCGACCUUGGAAGCUAGAAAAUUAGUGAGCAAGGGUUGUCCUGUGUUUCUAGCUCAUGUGAUGGAUACCAGAGUUCAAGAGCCAGCUUUGGAAGAGAUGCUAGUAGUGAGGGAGUUUCUAGAUGUUUUUCCUGAAGAACUGGCUAGUCUGCCAACAAACAGAGAGAUGGAGUUUUCUAUAGACCUACUACCUGGUAGGGCUCCUAUUUCUAUACCACCCUAUCGGAUGCCACUAGCAGAGUUGAGGGAGUUGAAGACUCAAUUGCAAGAUCUAGUAGAUAAGGUGACCAUCAAGAACAAGUACCCAUUACCGAGGAUUGAUGAUUUGUUUGAUCAACUGAAGGGAGCAAGGGUGUUCUCCAAGAUUUACUUGCGGUCUGGGUAUCAUCCGUUGAAGAUUAAGCUAGAGGAUGUUCCUAAGACAGCAUUUUGGACCCGUUACGGCCAUUAUGAGUUUUUGUUGAUGCUGUUUGGUCUGACCAAUGCUCCUACAACAUUCAUGGACUUGAUGAAUAGAGUGUUCAGGCCUUGUUUACACAAUUUUCUCAUUGUGUUCAUCGAUGAUAUUUUGGUCUAUUCACCUUCAAAUGAGGAACAUACUCAAAAUUUGAGAGUUAUAUUGCAAACUCUCUGGGGGAAGCAGUUGUUUGGCAAGUUCUCCAAGUGUGAGUUUUGGCUUUAUGAAGUUGGGUUCCUUGGCCAUGUAGUGUCAGGGGAAGGGAUCUUUCUGGAUCCAAAGAAGGUGGAAGCCAUUGUUGUUUGGGAAAGGCCAAAGAAUAUUACAGAGGUUCAAAGUUUUCUUGGACUUGCGGGAAAAGCCUACGACGAGUUGGCAGCGGUGAUUUUUGCUUUGAAGAUUUGGAGGCAUUAUCUUUUUGGGGAAAGGUGCCGGAUUUUCACAGACCAUACAAGCUUGAAGUAUCUCUUCACUCAGAAAGAAUUGAAUUUGAGGCAACGACGAUGGUUGGAAUUAAUUAAGGAUUAUGAUUUGAUUAUAGACUACCAUCCAGGAAAAGCCAAUGUGGUAGCUGAUGCUUUGAGUAGAAAGUCUACUUCAAUGUCUUCUUUGAGGGUGUCCUGUCUGUAA